UCGAAAUUAUAUAGCGGAGAGAAUUUAUCUAUAAAUUGAUUUUUAUUGUGUUCAAAUAAUAACAUUUACUACAACUAGUGUUUAAUAUGGCAGUAUACUAAGCAAUAAUAAGAAUUCUAAGUAUUAAUAUGUUAUAAUAUGUUCCUUUUAGAAGAAGGUAAUGGCAGUACACAAUUGUCAAUAUUAAGUGUUUGGCCCUAUGCAAGCAAUGUUUUUCUUCAAUAAUGUGGUUAUGGACGGUUAUCGUUGGGGCAAAUGUCUGUUACUACUACUCAGUAUAUUCUGGAGGCUGCAAUCAACACACGGUUUGUUGAAAUGCUAUUGCAACUUUGAAAGUUGUCCAAACUCAACAUGCGAGACCGAUGGAUAUUGCUACGCGGCCACCUCGCUGGAUCGAGGGCUAGCGAAGCACACAUACCAUUGUAUCGAGCUCAAAUCACUCAUACCCAUCGAGCACCCGUUCAGUUGCUCCUCCACGAAAACUAGGAAUGAGUCGGUGGCGAUUCAGUGUUGUAAGUCGCACGACAUGUGCAACCAAGACCUGCGUCUGGAGAUACGCACCAAGCCGCAAGACCCGGGCUCAACGGCGACGGCAUGGCAAGUGCUGCCGUGGAUCAUGGGGCUCAUGGUGCUGGGAGUGUGCGCCGCCAUCAGCCUCUGGUGGGCGAGACGGUCGCCCAAGGUGCUCAAGCGAGAGUCGCGGUCACUCUUCGCGCCGGAGGAGUCUUGCUGUGAAACCCGGCACUCCAUGAUGACGGCCACCAUUCGGGACAUGAUUGAGCUCACUACCUCGGGAUCAGGGUCUGGGCUCCCACUUUUAGUGCAACGGUCGAUCGCUCGCCAAAUCCAGCUCGUCGAUAUAAUAGGCAAGGGUAGAUUCGGCGAGGUGUGGCGCGGACGGUGGCGUGGCGAGAACGUGGCUGUGAAGAUCUUCUCCUCACGGGAGGAAUGCUCGUGGUUUCGGGAGGCUGAAAUUUACCAGACCGUGAUGUUGCGCCACGAAAACAUACUGGGAUUCAUCGCCGCCGAUAAUAAAGAUAACGGCACGUGGACGCAGCUGUGGCUGAUCACCGACUACCACGGCAACGGGUCUCUGUUCGACUUCCUCAGCGCACGCACCAUCGACGCGAACACGCUCGUCAAAAUGGCGCUCUCCAUAGCAACGGGCCUGGCGCAUCUGCACAUGGACAUAGUUGGCACUAAAGGUAAGCCAGCAAUAGCCCACCGCGACCUGAAGUCCAAGAACAUCCUGGUGAAGAGCAACCUGACCUGCGUCAUAGGUGACCUUGGACUGGCUGUGCGGCAUAACGUGGCCAACGAUAGUGUGGACGUGCCCUCGACGAACCGCGUGGGCACUAAACGCUACAUGGCGCCCGAGGUGCUGGACGAGAGUAUGGAUGCGCGGCAGUUCGACCCGUACAAGCGCUCCGACGUGUACUCGCUGGGGCUGGUGCUGUGGGAGACGGCCCGCCGUUGCGGCUCGCUGCCCGACGACUACCAGCUGCCGUACUACGAGUGCGUGCCGCCCGACCCCUCGCUCGAGGACAUGCGCCGCGUGGUCUGCGUUGAGCGGCGCCGACCCGUGCUGCCCAACCGCUGGCACUCUGACCCGGUGCUGUCAGCGGUGUCGAAGGUGAUGAAGGAGUGCUGGUACCAGAACCCCGCGGCUCGGUUAACUGCCCUACGCAUCAAGAAGACGCUCUCCAACAUACCAAUAGUGGAUCACUACAAACUGUAAGAUCUUAUGUACCGCACUGUUAUAUUGUUCAAGUCUCGUCGCAGAUUGCGUCACCACCCUUGCCUACGUCACAAGAGUGGGAGCGGUGCAGCGAAUACCUCGCUCUCUCUCACACUCGCUGCACUGUUGGCAGUGCAAU